AUGGGACUUUUCAACUUUAAAAUUUCAUCGAUUUGCUUGAUAGUAUUCUGACUGGUGUGCAUAUUUGUAUGCACUGGGAGGGCAGCCACUCCUUUUUCAAUAGUCAAUGCCUCAGAUUCCUCCUAUACUGAUGCUUGCAAGGAUGCUGGAACUUUAUGAGAAUUUUGUUGCAUGACUGAUAAGGUUCUAUGCACAAUGGACUUAGCUGUAUGUGAUCCUAUUUCUAAUAGGGAUCUUUGGCAAGUCUGGUGGACCAUGAUUGUGCUAUCUGUGGUAGUCAUCGCAUUUCCGAUGCUAUGCUUCAUCGUUUAUUAUGCGUUAAGCAAAGGAUGGUGCUGUAAUAGGAUCGAAUAACUAAUAUGUUGACAAAUACUUUAUAAUGAUAUUUU